GCGGGAAGCCUACCAGUUGGCCGCUAAAUAUACUAAAAGUACAAGAAUUAUUGAAUUCCAAUAUAAAUUUUUACAUAGACGAAUAUCAACGAACGACUUCUUAACAAAAAUUGGCGUAAAAGACAACCCAAAUUGUUCUUUUUGUAAUAAUGAACCGGAGAAACUUCUUCAUCUUUUUUGGUCUUGUCCUAAAGUGGCCUUUUUCUGGCAUAGUUUAUCUCUUAAGCUGACUUUGCUCCACAUUACACCGGAACAUUACACAUUAGAUAUAUUUGUUGCACUUGGUCUAAAGCCGGAUUCUUCAAAAAACUGCCAGCAAAUUAAUUUCCUUUUCCUUCUAGCCAGAAAUUACAUCUGGAUUAGCAAAAGAAGGGAAACCUCGCCAAAGAUAGCAGGCUUCCUGCAAUACCUCAAAUCAUUCUACCACAUAGAGACCACUGCAGGUCCCAUUUUACCAAAAAAAUGGGAAAAUGUGAGCUCCUUAUUUCAGUAAGCCUUUGAUUUUGUAUACAUUUGUAUAUCUCGAUCCUCUGCUCAUUUUCUCCAGCAUUAACCUGGUGUAUCUUUUGCUUCACAAUCGCUGCCUCUUUAAGAGACUUAAGAUAUAAGUGCGUUUACCGUGAAUGUUUGGUUUUGUAAAUGUUGGUUUUGAAGUACAAUUACUAAUUAGAACUGCUUGUAAAUAGUGCAUUGUAGUGCGAAUAGUGUGUAGGUAGUGUUGUAAGUACUGAGUAUUGUAAGUCUUUACAUUGUAAACAGAGUAAGUACCUUAGUCUAUUGUAUUCUAAAUAUUGUAUUGUAAGUAGUGUAAGUAUCGUAGUGUUUGUAAGUAUUUUUGAUUGUUGAUUGUCGAUUGAAUAAAUGUUAUUAAAGAUAAAAAAUAAAAAAUAAAAAAAUAAAAAAAGAUGCCACUGAAUCUUCACUUUUUGGGUGGUUAUGCUUAUUGAAGGUUUGCCUGAUCAGUUCUAAUAAUUUGAAAAUAAGGAUACAGUAGAAUCUUUUUUUUUUCAAACUCCUGAUAAAUCAAAUCUAUUUACUUUACCUCAGUUAGCUAAAGAACUUGGAUUCCCCUGUAUUCAACCUCCCAUGAGUGAUCAUGUAAAAUGCAAAGAUUUACUGGUUGCUUGUGAAUUUUUUCUGUUGUAGGCAAUUUCUAAGUUAUGGUUAAUAUGCAAUAGUUCUAUGUUGUUUUUCAAAUUACUUUGGAUACUUUGAGAAGGUAGUGCUUGCGGUGAGCAUAGAGAUCAGAUCAUGAGUCAAGUAGUCAGUUACAAGGUGUUUAAAACAAUGGAAAUUAUGAAACCAUCACCCCAAAAAGUGAUCACAGUCACUUACAAAAGGAGGUGAUUUAUGAAAGGUUCCAACUAUAGGGCUUUAACUAGGAAUAAAAAUUAUUAUUAUUUCAAGGUUGUUUGGAUAGCUGAUCACUUAUGGGAGGUGGUGUCUUAUGAGAGGUACCUGGUUACAUAUAAAUUAUUAUUGUAGGCAGGUUCUUUUGGAACAAAAGAUAUUGCAUGUACAUGUAAUACUAUGUUCUCUGCAAGAGCUAAUGGUCGCUGACAGACAUCUGAAUUCCAACGUUAGAUGGCCGUGCCUUGCAGAGCAUUGUAAGAUUACUGAAAUCUGUUGUAAAUAACAUAAUAUCUUAGAAUAAUCUCUUCAUGUGUAGAUAUGUACUGUUCACUCACCUGAUUGUGAUCGUUGUCACAUCUCUUCCUAGCUUUGAGACAAUUCACAACAUAAAAAUCUUCGAAGUGGAGUUUUCACCAUCCAUGGCGAAUACAAUGAAAAACUGGAACCUGACUAUUCAGUGGUGGAUGUCCAACUUUGUUCACAGAAAACUUCCCUUUAAGAACAGAAAUUUAAGGUAGGAGAAAUUUUUUUGCUUUCUGUUUAUUACAUUAAUUUUAUAGGGCUACAAUCCAAAAGAAGUUCAGGUGUAGAAUUAUUAGAAUGGCCCAUAUCCGUUACAUUGCCAAUUAGUAAUGGUAACAGGACUGAGUGGAGUCCAAUUCGGUCUGUAAUCAUACGAGUGAUUAACAAAAUCGGACGACUAGGUAGUGGGAGUCUGAUUUGUUUAAUCACGAGUAAUUAAUGGACGACACGAAGUUCUGUUACCAAUUAAUCAUAACUGUAACAAAAUUUGUGAUAUAAUAGGCUAUUUUUUAAAUCAAAACACAAGAAAUUCUAAAAUUUGUUUUGUUAGCAGUGAAAAAAAAAGGCCAUUUAAGUGCGCGCGUGUGGCGCGUACUGUCCAAUUACUUAGGCAUGACGCGUACUGUUCUAUUAAACUGUCCAAUUAAGGCUGAAAUCAGGGCAGUUGAUAGCCAAUCAGACUUGACAAUUUUGUUAUAGUUAUGAUUAUAAUUCUAAUAUGGUUCCUAGGCUUUUUGGUCAGCCAUAUUUCCAUAUUUGGUCUUGUUUCCUUUGUGCCCAAAGUUUGCAAUUUUGCCCAUAAAGCCGUGGAGUCAUGUUAGAACUUUAAUAUAAUUAUUAUCGAACAUGGGCGAUCUGUUAAACCAUUAUCAAACGGUUUAAAAAUGGUCUCGUGCAUUCACAAAUUAAUACUCAUGCCUCUGGGUUCAUCCGUCAAUCAACUGUCUGUUGGCUACAGCUACAGUACAUCCAUUUAUUUGUUUAUCAGCUCAUGACAAUAAUUAAUGAUAUAAUAUCAUUUUUUGUUGGUUGGCAUGAUACACUGUAAUUAAUACUCACUAAUGCUGCAUGUACUUCUGUGAGACAAGUCUUUGUUUGUUUGUUUGUUUGUUUGUUUUUUCUAAGCCCUACAUAGUGUGCAUGGUUAUUAGAAACAUUUGAUAUCACAUACAUGUAACAUCAUAAGACAUGUCGUAAGGUUGUCGCAUGGUUUUCUAAUGAAUAUUGUUUUUAAGAAAUUUAAAUAAAAUUUUUUCUUGAGAUGUUGUUUUUUGUUUGUCAAGAAUGUUUAUCACCCUACUUGUAAGUGCAUUCUGGCAUGGUGUUGCUCCUGGAUAUUAUCUCACCUUCCUUAUGGUGCCCUUUGUUGUCGUUGCGGAGGUACGCAUGGCAAAAGCCAUCAAACCUUACCUGUCACCAAAGCUGUGUUAUUACUAUGACUGGUUGAGCUGGUUUUGCCAUUAUCGUUCCAUGGAGUACCUUGGGUGCGGAUUUAUGCUUCUUCAACUUGAGCCUUGCAUAGCAGCAUGGAAAAGUGUUUACUACAUUGGACAUAUUUUCAUUGUAAUAUUUAUUUUACUUCCUAUGUUUAUUCCUAAGAAGCAUGUCAGUGAUACAGAACCAAAAAAGAUGUCUUAA